UUUUCCGCGGCGGGCUCCGCACGUGGGAGCCCCGCGUCGAGCCCCGGCACCGCAUCCCCGCCGAGCCCGGAGCGGGGCCGGCUCUCCGCUGCCCCGAAGCCGUUCCGCCGUCCCCCGCGGGGGAUGUCCGGCUGAAGCGUGGUCCCCGCGCCGGGGAUGCGGCAGCUCGCAGCCCCCCAGCCCCGCGGAGCGCAGCGCGGAGGGGCCGCGCCGGGGGGCGGCGGCGGAGCAUGGCCAGGGCCCCCGGCCGCCCUCUCGGGGUAGCAUGGCCGUGAGCGCGGCGGCCGCCCCCGCCGCCGAGCCGCUGCCCCGCAGCAUCUUCAAGAAGUUCCUGGUGAUGCUCUGCUCCCUCCUCAUGUCCCUCUACGUCUUUUACUGCCUGGCCGACCGCUGCCAGACCUUGCCCGGACCCAUCAUCGCCGCCGGCGCCGGCUCGGAGGAGGACGAGGGCGGCGGGGGCGAGUUCCUGGGCGGCUCUGCCGAGCUGCCCCCCUGGCAGGCGGCGGCGGCGCGGCGCAAGCGGCUCCUGCAGCGCCUCAAGCAGCGGCGGCGGCGCCAGGAGGCGGCCCCGGGCCAGGAGAUGCCGGCCGGGGGCGGCGGGAGCCGGGCCGGGGGCUCGGGCGGCGGGGGCACCCUGGCUCUGCUGCUGGGCGAGGGCAGCAAGCGGCUGCCGCAGGCCAUCAUCAUCGGCGUCAAGAAGGGGGGGACGCGGGCGCUGCUGGAGUUCCUGCGGGUGCACCCCGACGUGCGCGCCGUCGGCGCCGAGCCUCACUUCUUCGACCGCAACUACGAGCGGGGACUGGCCUGGUACAGGGACCUGAUGCCCAGGACACUGGAGGGACAGAUCACCAUGGAGAAGACCCCCAGCUACUUUGUCACCAAGGAGGCCCCAGCCCGCAUCUCCUCCAUGUCCAAGGACACCAAGCUCAUCGUGGUGGUGCGGGACCCCGUGACCAGAGCCAUCUCGGACUACACCCAGACGCUCUCCAAGAAGCCUGACAUCCCCACCUUUGAGAGCCUGACCUUCAAAAACAGGACUACAGGCCUGAUCGACACCUCAUGGAGCGCCAUCCAGAUCGGCAUCUAUGCCAAGCACCUGGAGAACUGGCUCCUCUACUUCCCCAUCGGGCAGAUCCUCUUUGUCAGCGGGGAGAGGCUCAUCAGCGACCCCGCAGGGGAGCUGGGCAGGGUCCAGGACUUUCUGGGCCUCAAGAGGAUCAUCACUGACAAACACUUCUACUUCAACAAAACCAAGGGCUUCCCGUGCCUGAAGAAGGCAGAGGGCAGCAGCAAACCCCACUGCCUGGGGAAGACCAAAGGCAGGACCCACCCUGACAUAGACCAGGAGGUGGUGCAGAGGCUGCGGGACUUCUACCGGCCCUUCAACAUGAAGUUCUACCAGAUGACAGGGCAGGACUUCGGCUGGGACUGAGGCUGAAAGAAAUAAUUUAAGAAAAGGAAAAUAUAAUAUAAUAUAUAUAUAUUUUUUUUACGUAUCAGUAGAGAGGGGGGAAAUACGGGGGGAAAAAAAAAAAUAGCUGUGCUGAAACAUGAUUUGCUCUUGAUUUGUUUUGGUUUUUUCUUUUUUUCCUUUCUUCUCUCAGAGAAAGGCACUGUUACAUCCAGAAAAGGAGGCUGUGAACAGCAACCUGGUCCUAUUGGUACAAUGGGCCCAGGGUUUAGCACUGCCUCUGUAAAAAAACACAGGUGCAGAGUUUUUAGAAGUGACAGGGGUAGCUCAGAGUCUUCCUGAAAGUUCAGCCAGGUUUUGGCUUGCAAGUGCCAUUUUCACCAGACCUCACCACUUUUGACAAUAAAACAAAGGAGGCUUAAUACCUAAUUUGGCUUUCCAAAUGUUACCUUAGGGGAUUUUUUUAUUGCAUGAAACAUUUGGUGAAUUUUGCUUCCACUUAUCCAAUUUUUUGUUUUACUUUUACCCCCCU